AACAUUCCUAACGAUUUUUUCGGUUUGAAAUGGUUGUUGCGGGAGACACGGGAGUGCGGUAUGGUGUCUGUUACUCCAUCCAAGAAGAACAUUUUCAACAACACUGAAAUGGACAGAGAACAGAAAACAACCUGGAAAUCAGUACCUCUUCAUCAGAUUCCAAACGGUACUCCAUUAAAAGACUUACAUAAACUUCCAUGUAUUUCAACACGUAUCCAAAGGGAGAAUACCAAUCUGAAACCUCCAGACACAUUCCCUAUUAUCUCAUUAAAAGCUAAGAAAAAUCCUCAAGUAUUUCAUCAACUUCAAUCCACAGCCCUGGAAAAUGAGGGAACAUUUCAUGUAAUUCCUCCUGAAAUCAGUGAUAUAAUAGAUUCUGAUCCAACGAGUGUGAAAGUAAGCCAGAGUCAUGUCAAAUCUGAUUUAAAUCCUAUUGGAUCUACGUUGGUCAAGCAAAUAGUCUCUGAGAGUCCUGCUAAAACGUUCCAAAAAAUGAAAGCCAAACUUCACGGUGAUCAUCUUCAUAUCCCUGAAAAUCACCAUCUUCGAACUCCCCAAAAAACAACUUGUGGUUUGAAUGGGGCUGUUACAUCUGUGAAUGGACGUGUAAUAGAAAACACAUUUUCAGUCCCUACUCUGCCAAUUGGUUACCAGACUUCACACAAGAAGGACCAUGUUCCUGUGAUCCAACAAUCUCCAGCCAAAAUCUUUUUACAAAUGAAACAAGGGAUUGAAUUAGGCAAUAAUCCAUUGGCUUCAGUUCAACUUUCAGAGCAUAAAGCGGGAUUGCUGCACAGUAACCAACAUGGAGCAACAUUUACAAUAUCAAGCCUAUCAAAUGAACAGCCCACAGAAAGAAUAGAAGUUCCACAGAAGAGUGCAAGAACAUCAAGUGUUGAUAACACUGUCAAAAAAACUGAAAAUUGGAAUACUCUUUAUUUGAAUGAGGAUACUGAUAAUGGCAAUGAGGGAGACAAUGAAAUGUCUCAGGAUGUCGCGCUAAACACCACAAAUUCAGUUUCUACUGGUAACCAAAUUAACUGUACAAAAAGUGCAAUUCAGGACUUCACCGAUGUUAGCGUUUCCUGCUUGCAAAAGAUUGUCCAUUCAGAUAAUGUAAAAAUGCUAACAAGGUCAAAGUGUUCUAAAAAAGAAAAUGAUGAUAUUCAAGAGUGUAAGAAUUUAUGUAAUAUCUUGCUGACAUCACCAAAGAUCAAUAUACCAAGGAGACGAAGACCAGAAGUAGUAGAAUCCACAUCUGAGGAUGCUAAUGGUCUGGAAAUUAAAAUGGAAAAAAGGAUUACUCUCACCAAAUGGAUCAUCCAACAGAUAAAAGGCAGCAAUGAGAUUUGUGUAGAAGGAAAAAGAGACACUGAUGGAGUAUACUGGCAUAGUAAUGUAAUUGCUGAACGAAUUAAACAAACUGAAGUGAAAUCUAUCACUGGUUCAAUUUAUGUUCUGAAAGGACCUUUGGAUUAUGUUGCAAUGAAAAACCAGGGAUUCUCUAAUUCCAUUUUAAAACAUUUUUUUCUGGGUUUUCCAUUGGAUUGGAAGGAGUAUAUUGAAGAAUUCUUUAAAAGGAGGGAAAAAGGAUGUCAUUCAAAAACAAGGGAGAGUAAAGAUGCCAAGUUUCAAAAGCUGCCUUCAGUGAAAUCCAGAAAUUUACAAGAUAAUGCAGUUUUACCACAUGAUAAGGCUAAGACUCCAUUGUCAUCAAAGAAUAAGCGAAUGAGAGAGUCAAAAAUUGAUAAUGAGAUUACAGUUUCCACAGAAACGUCAAUGCAAAAAUAUACACUGACUAGUCGUAGUGGUCGUUGCAUUAAAGCACCAUUGGAGUACUGGAGGGGACAACGAUUAGUGAUUGAUAAUACAUUGAACGUUACCGUCAAUGAGGGUGGAACGGAUUACUUAGCUUUCACCACACAAAACAACGUAGAGAAAACAAAUGUUAAAGAUGGAAAUUAUUUGAGAACCUCAAAUCAACAGAGAAAACGACCAUCAUUGACAGACGACCUGAGUAAAAAGCAAAAGAGAUAUCCAAUUUUGAAGAUGGAAAGAGGCUGCAAACAGGGAAAAAAGGGAAAUGAAAAGCCUAACAACCAACGGGUGAAAUAUAUUACAAGAAAUCAAAAACGCAAACAGUUGUUAAGACAGGUUGCUUCAAGCACAGGUGAAAGUUCAUUGAGUACAACAACAGGAAAACCUACGCAUAGAAAAUAUGGUGACCUAAACCCAACAGUUGUUUUGACUCCAAUUUGUGAUCCUCGGUCAUUAAGCAACAAAACAGUGAAAUUAAAUGAACUACCCACUGCUAAUAUGAAAAGAAAGAAUGGAAAGACUCUGACCACUAUAAAACUGGUAAAUCCAAAGGAAAUAGAGGAUACAAGUGAAAGUGAUAUUUUUGAAAACGAGUCCAAUCAGAAACUCAGGAAAACAAAACACUCUUACAAAUUAAGAAGUAUAAGGGUAAAGUCAAGUGGUUUGUUAGAUAAUGGUGAAAGCGAAAGAAAUAUGUCUGUAGCUGAAGUGAGCAAUUCACCUGAAAUAGAGGAUACAAAUGGUACUGAUAAUUUCGAAGACAAAUUUAAUUGGAAACCCAUGGCAUUGAAACAACGUGACCCUUACAAAUUAAGAAAAAGAACAAUAAAAUCAAGUGGUUUAUUAGGUAAUGCUGAAAGCACAAGAAACAAAGAAAGAAAUAUGUCUGUGGCAGAAAUGAGUAGUUUAUCUAAAGUAAAGGAUACAAAUGACCGUGAUAAUUUUGAAGACUGUUCUAGUGGACCCACAGGAUUGAAACAUUCUUCAAAGUUGAUCAAAAAACUUGUUGAAUCAAGACAAUCAGAAGAUGAGAGUUUGGAGACCAGUGAGAGUGUCAAGAUUAAGAUUAAAAGGAAAGUGAGAAGUGCAAACUACAAAAGGUGUGUCAGUAAACAAAAUCAAGCAGCAAUAAAUAAGCACAUAAUUUUGACUACAUGUAAUUCUGACUGUACUAAUCGCACGGAGCCCUCCGAAACAUCCUCAGUUCAGCUGAAACCCGUCUCUCCAAUGAUUACUAAAGAUUGUAUUUUGUCUGAGACACUGAUAUCAUCCGACUCUAUUCCAAACAACAAGGAGAUCAGAAAAAAUAAUGCUGACGAACUUCCCUCAAAUAACCUAUGUAGUCCUAGGAGACAGAACGUCACUCGUGUUCAAAAGUUUCAAACUCCUUUUCAUUCUAAAACAGGCAGGCAGAAAACAGUAUUACAUAGUGGCAAUGCCAAAGUGACUACUACAAUUGGAUCAAAAUGCUCGUCAAAACUAAAUGACAAAGUUCAACAAUCUCUUUCAUAUCCAAUAAAGGACCCAGAAUUAAGACACCAUUAUGUUGGAAGCAGUGCAUUAAAAUGCAAGCAACACUCUUCACAAAGAGAAACUGAGAAUCAAUUCAAUAGUUUUUUGUCAUCAGAUGUUUCAGAGACUGAAACAAGUAAGACUGAAGUUAUUGUAAAAGAAAAAACAAAAGUUCCAAAUAAAAAAACUGUACCUAGAAAAGUAUUGGCUACAGACUUUCGCCCCAUAUCAAAUUCUAGAUCUAGUCUGAAAAAGCAAGCAAAACAGUUCAUAUCCUUGCAUUCCCUUGAUAGUGAAGCCGAACCCUGGACCAAGAAAGAACUACGUUGUCUACACAGAACUGUUUCAGCAAUACCAAAAAGUAAACCUGAUUUCUGGGACGAGAUUGCUGCAUCUGUUGGAACACGUUCUGCUGAGGCUUGCCAGCAAAAGUACCUAUCUGAACAUCAGCUGAAGUUGUCCAAAAGGCCUAAUGUAAAGCAGAAGAAAAAAUGUCCCAGUGAUGAAAACAAGCAAGGUGACCCAGUGAAAAUUGUUGCUCAUAUUGGAACACUGAAAAGAAAACAACAAGUAAGGGCCUUCCUGGAACAGUUGCCAAAGGAAGACCAUGAAGACCUUUUCAAUGAUGCAGUAUUGCAGCAUAAACGAAUAAAGCUUCCCAGCUUUCCAAGCAGUCAAGAGGAGGAUGAUGAUGAUGACUUUUUGCUUCAAACAAAUCCAACUACUCCAACUUCAGUCAUCUUUCCUUUAGCGAAAACACCACAGUGGAACCACAUCAGUCCUCGAAUGUUGGGGCCUACUGAUAGUGCUAAUAAUGAUAAAUAUGUUUUUCAACUGCAAAAAAAGAGCAAGAUGAAGAAUUGGUCCAAGCUCCCUAAAAGAUCGAAACCUGAAUUUUGUAUGUCACCGGCUAGAUCAAAAUCAUCACAUUUAUUUGAAGGUGCACAGAAGUCUAACAUAGGAACCGUAUUCAAGAGUAGAGAAGAUACUCAAUCAGAUGACACAGAGGAUGAAGAUUACUAUUUUUCAGUUACUGAUUAGCUUUUAAUUUAUAAUAAAACUAAACUUCCUGAAAUUGAACUACUUAAUUUGCAUCUUUUAAGAUUGAACAGUCUUGGUAAAUUUGGA